AUGACCCAAUUCAGAUUCACUAUAGAUGAGUACCCCAGGACGAUCUAUGAGUUUGACGCGUCGACGCUCAAGACUGUCAGAGCUCCUUUCAAAGGGCACACCGGUACCAUCAUCUCUUUCUACGACACUAUCAAGCUAUGGACCUUCGAAUCCCGCCAGCUCCUUGGCUCAUUUGAUGUCCAAAAUACUCCCUUCACCCUCGCCCUCUCGCCCGAUUCACGCCAAUUGGUUUACACGUUUAUGGAUGACACCGAGAUCUACACAUACAACAUCCUAGCCAACAUCCUUGCUAGCAUUGGGCUUGCAGAAGAACCGCAGCCUAGUAGCAGCAAACCUGAAUGUUCACGCUAUGUUGGUCUACCCAACUUCCCCGCUACAUCCCCCCUACCUUGUCCACCUAAAAAACCAGACAAAAACUCUCGAUCCACCCCGGCACCACCCACCACCCAAUCCUCCGUCAUCAGUGCUUCUGAGACCCUCGAAUUUAGCUUACGUCGACUAUCAACCUGGUGGCCCCCUCAUAAGGAUCCUGCAUCGCUGGCUAUCGUCGAUGUUCCUCUCGCGCCGGGUAAAGUGCGGUACGCUACAUCAGGCGCUCCCGGUGAUGAUGAUGACCUGAUACACGACAAAGACUAUGUUUCCCCUCCUCCUUCCCCAAAUCCCCGCUCACGCCAGCUACCUGCAUCAGAUAUUAUCAAUGCCGGAAAGCAUAGAAGUGGCCGAUUCUGUUUCUGCUUCUAACUGAUUUCGAACUUAUUCUUUGGUGUUUCGUAACUGGGCUCGUUGCUCGUUGUAUGCGUUGUCUUAGCGUGAGCUUGUAUGCUUACUAUAUUUAAGCACGAACCACAAUGUUUCUUAAAGCAUCUAAGCAUGCAUUUCCAGUGGCUCGGUGUCAAUUGUGUUUACUUCAUCAGCCUGUGCUCAGUAAGUUAGCACUUAUUCCUCCAAGCAUUGGCUCCAUCGAUACUAGCUUAUUCGGUGAUUUUUUACGAACUACGAUCAAUUCUACUAAGAACUGGUGCUUCUCCUGCAAUCAGACUGUCCUGCACGGAUGCUGUCUUUGACUACAGUAACAAUACUUUCUUGUCUG